AUGUUGAUGUUCCCUUUCUUGAAACAUCGGUCGAGGUCGGUGCACGGCGAUGAUUCUCUAUCGUCUCCGGAGGCCAGAGCCGCCGUUGACACCGUCGUAGAGACCAGAGGCUCGUGUACGACAUUCACGGUGUGGAGAAAAUCGCUUCUGGUGAGUUGUGAAGGUUUCACGGUGAUAGAUUCAAAGGGAGAUUUGAUAUACCGGGUCGAUAACUAUGCCCGAACCCGACCCGAAAAACUCAUCCUCAUGGAUAAAGAUGGCAACUCCGUGUUCCUUAUGUACCGUACCAAGAAAAUCACGCUAGUAGAUAGUUGGGGAAUAUAUGAAGCAAAGGAUACAAAUGGAGAAGCAAAAAUACCAAAAUGCCCGAUAUGGUAUAUGAGGAAGAGCUUAAAAAUGAAUAUUUUGAGCACCAAAUCCGACAUUUUGGCGUACGUAUUUUCAGGAACGUUCGAUAAGAAGAGUUCUUACGUAAUCAAAGGAUCUUACAAAUGUAAAUCAUGUAAAAUUAUACACGUUCCAUCGAACCGGACAGUGGUGGAGAUUAAAAGGAAAGAGGUCAGAACAAAAGGAGUCCGGUUCGGUUCAGAUGUUUUUGAUCUAGUUGUUAAUUAUGGGUUUGACACCGGUUUGGCAAUGGCUUUGGUUUUGCUAUUAGAUCAAAUGUUCUCUUAA